AGAAUAACCGUUAUAAAAUAUCUCUGCCCUCAUCCACUACCGGGAGUAUGUAACUCAGUUCAUGACAACUUGGCUGUAUUUUUUUGUUUUUCGAAAUGGAAGAAACUUAUUAUAAAGAUACGAAAUUUUCAAAAACUCAAACAGACAGCACCCCACAAGCAGAUUUACUGUUUGAGUGGCCAAGUAGUCACGAACCUCAGAACCAGGUAAAAGUUGACGACCUGCCGCCCCCAAAAGUGAGUAGCCCUCCGAAAUCCUCUUCCUGGCGGAUUCCAAAUCUACUUAAAAAGUGGCCAUUUCAUACCGAAACGGUGGAGGAAAUGCAAAAAAGGGUGGACGAGGAGUUGCGAAUUUUCAAUGAAGAAAUCCAGGCAAGCAUUGCGCUAAAAAAGGUCACUACGGCGGCCGAGAUUAAGAACAUUAAGCGCGAAUCUGCCCGCAGAAUUGUGCAGACGGAGGACAACAGCAAGCAAGAAGCUUUCAAUUUUGUCAUGAAAUACUCAACCCUGGAGGAAAUUAAGAGGUACAAUGAUGCACAAGGCAGCCGAGAUUAUGCAGAAAUUACGAGGAACGACGUGAUCAAGAGGUCAAGGGAAUCUACAAAAAUUUAAAUUCAUCUCAAUGAUUUUUUUAUUAAAUUUAAACCGACUUGAAUUAUGUAAAUAUGUGUUUCAAACGUUUUUCAUUCUUCACUUUUAUUGAUUCAAAUAAAUAGAACUAUUUUAUUAAUUAAGUAUUUCACAAAUAUAAAUGUAUUCACAAGUUGGUAAUAAUGCGAUGGUGCGAAAUGUAAGGUUAUGAUUUUGUUUAAAUUUUGAAAUUAAGAAAGUAGAAUUUCAAUAAAUUCAACCAAAGUUUUCUGCGGAUGGUUAAAGUA